AUGAGUGAGAGGAUACUGAGUGAGAGGGAGUUCACCGUGCACUCAGUGUUCCAACGUCACCUAUCAACAGUUGAGACCGCGACUGAAUCAGGGAAGAACGAAAUCUUUGCUUCUUGCUCCUUCUCCUCUACCGGACUUCAGUCAUCUUUAUGCGAACAGCUCCGAGAGAGGUUGGGAUUUGAAGUUCCGACGCUCGUCCAGGCUCAAGCGAUUCCUGUUAUUCUUUCUGGUCGACAUGUACUUGUUAAUGCGGCUACUGGCACUGGCAAGACUAUUGCUUAUCUGGCUCCUAUCAUUCAUCACCUUCAAAUGUAUGAUCCUCGCAUUGAAAGAGCCGAUGGAACUUUUGCGUUGGUGCUUGUACCAACGCGUGAGUUGUGUAUGCAGGUUUAUGAAAUCUUGCAAAAGUUAUUGCACCGUUUUCACUGGAUUGUCCCGGGUUACAUAAUGGGUGGCGAGAACAGGUCAAAGGAGAAAGCCAGGUUGCGCAAAGGUAUAAAAUAUCAAGUUUUCUAUUCUUUUGACUUCAAAUUUCUAUGUUUCAUGGGGUUUAAUUCUUGUGGUUUCUUCCUUUGCUGA